CUACUUCGUUGUGCAGCGCCCGCUUGCGUCAUUCGGACGUUCGGCGCGGCGAGUAAGGCCCGAGAAACAGUGCCUAAUAAAAGUGUCUGAGGGGUGACGAGCGAAGUAAAAAUGGGCGAAGGAUAACAUGGAACAGCGCGGCACUGGACGCGCCGCCCCGGCGCUCUGAGAAUCCUACAUAAACAGCAGAGCCUGCCCGCGCUUUCUCCCUAGUAUCAUUGCAAGCUGGACGGCCUAUUCACCUCACCCGUAUGCUCGUCUCCUCAUUUUUCAAGCUGGCAGGGAAAAAUGCCGCGUUAGCAGCCACUGCAUUUCACCUGACUGCUGCUGUGCUUCAGGGUCGCGCUCUGGACACGGCGGCCAUCGCCCAGCAGCGGUAUGGCAACGACUCAGCAUGGUAUCACGACCGGAUCCCCUUUUUCGACUCGAGCGAUGACGUUCUCAACAAGGUCUACUACUACCGUUGGAACAUCUUCCGAGCCCAUCAACGCGACUUGGGUGACCGUGGCUACAUAUCCACCGAGUUUCUGGAUGACGUUAGCUGGCAGCAGCAGCCCUACGCUAGCCUCAACGACGCCACCGGUUUUCAUCUAGGCGAAGGGCGGUGGUGCCGAGACAGACGCUUCAAGGAAGACUAUCUGGACUUUAUGUUUGCGAGGGGCGGCAAUGACCGACACUUCAGCGACUACAUGGCGCAUGCCAGCUACCAGACCUACCUCGUCGACGGUGACCAACGGUCGGCUACGAGUCACAUUGAGUCAAUGAAGAACAUAUAUGGAUCGCAGUGGGAUGACCAUCUGGAUGCGACAAAGGGGCUGUACUGGAUCGUUCCCCUGGACGAUGCGACAGAGUACACCAUCGCCUCUAUUGAUGCGUCCGGAGGCCUGGAUGGCUUUACGGGGGGUGCCGCGUUCAGGCCAUCAAUCAACGCCUACAUGUUCGCCAACUUCAAAGCUAUCGCGGCUAUCGCCCAGCUGGCCGGCCAGGAGCAAACGGUGGUGGAUUCUUACAGUGCCAGGGCAUCGAAUAUCAAGAAACGCAUGCAAGCCGACUUGUGGAACGUCACGCUGGGCCAUUUCAUUGAUCGUUUUCAAGUAAGCAACAAGUACGUGCAGUACUACGAGCCGAUUCGAGGACGCGAGCUGGUGGGCAUGGUGCCUUGGCUUUUUGACCUUCCUGACGACAAAGCCGACUAUGCGAGCGCCUGGAAACAUGUCUUUGAUACGGAAGAGUUGAUGGGCAAAUUUGGGCUUCGAACGAAUGAACCUACGUACGAAUACUACAUGCGGCAGUAUCGCUACGAGGGUAGUCGGCGCGAAUGCCAAUGGAACGGGCCGAGCUGGCCGUUUCAGACGACACAGACUUUGCUCGGGCUCGCCAAUCUAUUGGACCACUACAAGGAGACCGGCUCGAUGACCCGCGCCAACUUCCACAGCUUACUGUCCUCCUACGUGGACCAGCAUAUAGAUUCCGCGACGGGCGAGAUGAAACUGCAGGAGGAUUACGACCCGGACCGCGGUGGCGCCAUUGUGGGGCUUGCGCGAAGCCCUCACUACUUUCACUCAGGUUUCGUCGACAUUGUAAUUUCAGGUCUGGCCGGCAUCCGACCUCGCUCCGACGAUGUGCUGGAGGUGAACCCGAUGAUGGACGAGUCCAGGUUGGGGUGGUUCCGGCUGGAGAAAGUGCCCUACCACGGACGCAACGUGGCCAUUCAAUGGGACCGAGACGGCCGCCAUUUCGGGCAGGGAGCCGGCUUGAGGGUAGAAGACGACGACUCCAAGACGGUUCUAAAAUCUUCUCCAAGGCUGCAGCGAAUCACGGUGCCUUUCGCUCGCAAAGCCGUGGCGGCCAUUGAGAGGCCUAUCGCGAAAUCGGUGCAGCUGCAGCAAAACACCAAGUAUCCACGUGGCGUCACGAGCACCGUCAAUGAUGAUCCGUCCAAGGUGCACGAUGCUAUCGAUGGACGGGUGUGGUUCUGGAACGCACUGCCAAACGGAUGGGAGUCUGUCAAAGGGGUUAGUGCAGAGCAGUGGUACGCCAUCGAGUUUGCAAACGACACCGAGACAAGCCGCGCCGAGCUGGCCUUUUACCAGGACGGCACAGACUUUGCAGUACCCCAGUCCUACCGUCUCCAAACCAGCUCAGGUGAUGGAAAAUGGAUUGAUAUUGCGAACGCACGUCAGGACCAGCCGCUGGCAAAUGGUAUCACCAAUGUCGUCUACCGUUCCACCCUGGCAAAGCUAUUCAGAGUGUUGUUCAAGCCGUCGUCGUCAGGCAAGCAGGUGCGCAUCGUCGAGUUCAAGCUGUUCUAG